UCACAAAAGUCGAAGGAAAAAAGACGAACGAAAAUCUAAACCUAGGGUUUUUCAAGUUCUCCCAAAUAUCUCCACUGCUACUACUGUAAGAAAAAUUACCCAAACAAUCUAGGGUUUUUGAUAAUAAUUCUCGAAAUCUUCUUGCGAAUUGGUUCUUGAAACCCUAGAGUGAUGGAUUUUGAUGAUAUUGAGUAUUUAGAGAAAGGAGUAGAAGAUCCAGAGAAUUCAAAAUCUGAAAAUCAAUCAUCAGGCGGAAGAAAAGAAGGCGAGAAGAGUUAUAGAAGUAGUAGAAGAAGAACCGAAGAUGAUGAAAAUGGCGCUGAUGAAGAUGAUGAGAGGGUAACGGAUAGUAAGAGAAGUAGUAAGAGGUCUAGAGGAGAAAAUGGUAGUGAAAAGAGAGGAGAGGUUGAAGAUAGAGAUAGAGAAAGAGAAAGAUCUUCUAGAUCUGAAAGACGAAGCGGUGGUGAUAAAGAUAGGCAUAGAAGUAGCAGAGAUUUAGAGAAGGAGACUGAAAGAGAUAGAGGUGAUAGAGGAGAAAGACGUGAAAGAGAUGGUGGAAGGGGGGAUAGAGGUGGAAGGGAGAGGGAGAGGGAGAGGGAGAGAGAGAAGGGAAGUAGCAGAGAUAAGGAGAGGGAGAAGGAGAAAGAGAGGGAAAAGGAAAGAUCUAAAAGAAGCAGCAGUCAUUCGGGGAGACAUCGUAGUGACACUGAGAAAGAUGUUGAGAAAGAAGCUGUGAAAGAAGUUGUUAGGGGGAAGAGUAGAGAUAGAGAGAUUAGAGAAGCUAGAGAAAAAGAACGAGAACAGCGUGAUAAUGAAACAAGGGAGAGGGAGAGAGAGAUGAGCAGGAGAUUUAAGGAUAAGAAAGAAAAUAUGGAGCCUGAAGCUGACCCAGAGAGGGAUCAGAGAACAGUUUUUGCUUAUCAGAUGCCUUUAAAGGCGACCGAGAGAGAUGUUUACGAGUUUUUCUCUAAAGCGGGGAAGGUGAGGGAUGUAAGAUUGAUCAUGGACCGAAAUUCUAGGCGAUCAAAAGGGGUUGGGUAUAUUGAGUUUUAUGAUUCAAUGUCUGUGCCAAUGGCAAUUGCACUUUCUGGUCACCAGCUCUUUGGUCAACCUGUAAUGGUUAAACCUUCAGAAGCUGAAAAGAACCUUGUGCAAUCUACUGCUACUCCGGGAGGAUCAGCAGCUCUUGCUGGGCCUUAUGGGGCUGUUGCUAGGAAACUCUACAUUGGGAAUCUACACUUUAACAUGACUGAAGAACAACUUCGUCAGGUUUUCGAGCCUUUUGGUCCAGUGGAGCUUGUGCAGCUACCUCUUGAUCUUGAGACAGGCCAGUGCAAAGGAUUUGGUUUUGUGCAAUUUGCUCAGCUUGAACAUGCUAAAGCAGCUCAAAGUCUCAACGGAAAAUUGGAGAUCGCCGGGAGGGUUAUCAAGGUUUCUGCUGUUACAGAUCAUGUGGGAGUCCAGAAUGCUGGAGCUAAUGCAGCUGACUUCGAUGAUGAUGAUGGUGGUGGCUUGUCAUUAAAUGCCCAAUCCAGGGCAAUGCUGAUGCAGAAGUUGGAUCGUACUGGUGUUGCUACUAGUAUCGUCGGGUCUCUUGGAGUACCUAUGGUUAAUGGGCAAGGACCAGUUCAGCCAAUUGUAGGCCUUCCUUUAAAUCUGCAAGCUGGUAUUGUUCCUGCACUAGCUGUCCCUACUCCCAGUGAACCCAUUGGUAAUCCUUCCGAAUGUCUGUUGUUGAAGAAUAUGUUCGAUCCCGCCUCUGAGACUGAACCAGAUUUUGAUCUAGACAUCAGGGAUGAAGUCCAAGAAGAAUGUUCUCAGUUUGGCCCGGUGAAGCAUUGCUAUGUGGAUAAGCACAGUGCUGGUCAUGUCUAUUUGAGGUUUGAAACGGUAGCAGCCGCUGCUAGUUGUCAACGCGCAAUGCAUGCACGUUGGUUUGCUCGCAGAUUGAUUGCAGCCAUUUUCAUGCAACCCCAUGAGUACGAAGCUAAGUUCAGCAGCAGUGGUUGAUCUGAAGAGGGGUUAUGCUUUAGAAUUCUUUGCCAAUUUUGGAUUAAGUUUUUUUUGUUUUUAUGUUUGAAGUUCAGAAAUAUAUAUAUUAAAGGCUAGCCGAAGGUGCAAUGUCGAUCAACCUGGUGUACAAAUCUUGCUAAUUUGUGAUUAGUUGGUAAUGCAUCAUUCAGAUUAUUGUUAUUUUGUGGA